AUGAGGAGCAUAUUGGAAGAGUCGAUGCUGGAAACGCGGAUCAUGCCUCUCGAAAAUCGACCGCGAAUUCCCCGCAUACCACUUAGCAAGCGAAAUCGGGCUGUUGUGCGGGCUCUUAACCCAAUGCUGGUGACCUAUUUGGAAGAAAGCCGGGACUUUUGCGAGACGGACUCAAUUCUUUUUGGCGCCGCGCAAUUUCAUCGCAAAUGUGCUAGUAUUCCUAUUGACGGCCGAAUAUCAAAUAAAUGGCAAUGCAGCGGUUGUAAGGCAAAAAAUGUAUGUGCGAGUGGGGUGAACACAUUUGCUACGCCUAGUUCGUGUAGCUCGGGUGGCACGGACACAGUGUUCAGCGAUGCACAGCUUGGAUCCGACGAUAGAGGGCGCUGUGAAUCUAAUGUCGACUUAGCAAACGAGCUAAAAUUAAUACGCGAGCAGUUUACUACUAUUGCCCGCGAAAUGGUAUCUUUUCGCCAUGAAAUCACUGACAUUAAUUCUAAUGUGGAAAUAAGUAACAGGGUUAGCGACGUCAAGAAAAGGAUCGCAUGUCUUGAGCAACAGGCAACGGACUUGCCGAGUCAACCCAGAGGGUCCAAGGUCGAAGAUAGCAUAGCGGAGUUAAAGUGUCGACUUAACGAGCGUGAUCAAGAAUUACUUUUAAACGAUCUGGAAAUAUCUGGUGUAAUAGAACAGAAGGGCGAAAACCCCUUGCACCUCGUCACUAUGCUUGCGGCUAAAAUUGGCAUUGAAUUGGACGAGCGCGAUGUUGUAAGUGCAAGGCGUUUAAUGUUUGCUUUCUAA